AUGAGCGCAGCUGAUUUUGGUUCCGCCACUAAGAUCACCCCUUUCUUCUACAAACACGUUUCUUCUCCUCAUCAACAAAGAAACCGCCACUCACACUAUUCUUUUUCUUCAACUUAUUUUCCCAAACCUCUACUCUCUCAUCAACACCAUCACCUCACUAUGCCACCUGUCAUAAUUAACGGCAAACUAACCGAUUCUUCUUCUUCCGUCACCGUUAAACCUCCGUCACUCCACCAUUAUCACAGCAUCGAUCAACAACUCCUCGAUAACAUCGCUUACGAUGCUCUCGUUUGGGCUUCACUUCACGGCCUCCUCAUGGGCGAUAAAUCUUCCAAGGAAUCAGGAACUGUUCCUGGUCUUGGAUUGGUGCAUGCUCCAUUUGCGUUAUUGCCGGUUUCAUUACCAGAAAGCAAGUUCAAACAAGCUUCUGAUUUAGCUCCUAUAUUCAAUGAACUUGUUGAUCGUGUUAGUUUGGAUGCUAACUUUCUUCAGGAAUCUCUCUCCAGGACUAAGAAAGUGGACGAAUUUACCUCUAGACUUUUAGAUAUUCAUUCCAAGAUGAUACAACUCAACAAAAAAGAGGAAAUACGGUUGGGGUUACAUCGUUCGGAUUAUAUGCUUGAUGAAGAGACGAAAUCACUCUUGCAAAUAGAGCUCAACACUAUUUCAUCUUCAUUUGCUGGUUUUGGUAGUGUCGUUACCGAGCUUCAUAGGUACAUACUUUCCCAACAUGGAAAAUUGCUUGGUCUGGAUGCAGAAAAGGUUCCUGUCAAUAAUGCUGCCAGUCAAAAUGCAGAGGGCUUGGCUAAAGCUUGGAUUGAGUAUAAUAACCCCAAGGCUGUGAUUAUGUUUGUGGUUCAGGCUGAAGAGCGAAACAUGUAUGAUCAGCAUUCUCUUUCUGCGGGUCUAAAAGAAAAGUAUGGUAUUACAAUUUUACGCAAAACGCUGGCAGAAGUUGACCAGGAAGGAGAGAUUCUACCAGAUGGAACACUUUCUGUUAAUGGACAAGCAGUUGCAGUUGUUUACUUCAGGGCUGGCUAUACACCAGCUGAUUAUCCUUCAGAAUCAGAAUGGAGAGCUAGGCUACUGAUGGAACAAUCUUCUGCUAUCAAAUGUCCUUCAAUAUCUUAUCAUUUGGUUGGCACCAAGAAGAUUCAACAGGAGCUUGCAAAGCCCGGUGUUCUUGAGAGGUUCCUUGAAAACAAUGAUGAUAUUGCAAAAAUGCGUGAAUGCUUUGCUGGAUUGUGGAGUUUGGAUGACUCGGAUAUUGUUAAAAAAGCAAUUGAAAAACCCGAGAUAUUUGUGAUGAAGCCUCAGAGAGAAGGAGGAGGAAACAACAUUUACGGGGAUGCUGUGAGGGAAACCCUCAUAAAAUUGCAGAAAUCAGGUUCUCAAGAAGAUGCAGCUUACAUACUCAUGCAGAGGAUAUUUCCAAAUCUUUCUGCAGCACUUUUGAUGCGCAAUGGUUGUGUGCACAAGGACCAUGCAAUCUCAGAACUUGGAAUAUUUGGUACAUAUUUAAGAAAUAAGGAUAGGGUUAUCAUUAAUGAUCAAAGUGGCUAUUUGAUGCGUACAAAAAUAGCCUCAUCCGACGAAGGUGGAGUUGCUGCUGGUUUUGCAGUAUUAGAUAGUGUAUACCUCUCUUAG